UUGAAGCCCGAUAAUAUGCUUAUUUCUAAUGAGGGUCAUAUUAAACUGACAGAUUUUGGCCUGUCCAAGGUUGCUUUGAAUAGAGAGAUUAAUAUGCUGGAUAUUCUUACAACACCAUCAAUGCCUAAACCUAGACAAGACUAUUCAAGAACUCCAGGACAAGUUUUAUCUCUCAUCAGCUCACUGGGAUUUUACACACCAAAUGGUGAGAAAAUGCAAGAAACAACUGAAGCUAUUUCAAGCCCCGCACCUGAAAUUUCACAGCUUUCUAAGGGCUCUUCUUGUGCUAUGUCUAUAGAUCAAAAUGAUAAUGCUCCAUGUUCAAAUAAACUUCUUCAAUCAUGUCUUGAUACUGCUGUAAACCCUGGGAUCCCUGUGAAGUCUCUAACUCCCAAUCUACUACAAUCCAGAAACACAAUUGGUACUUCUAGUACCAGUAGCCAGUCUCACACUUUUGUGUCCAGUUUGGAAUCUGAGUGCUGUAGUAGUCCCAGAUGGGAGAAGGACAACCAGGAAAGUGAUAAUGCCCUUGGUUCUAUAGCUAUGGAAAUGAGUAAUAAUGCAGUGGAAAAGCCUUUAAGUACCAAACUUGAGAAUGCUAAAGAAACCAAAAGUUUAAAGAAAAAGGAUCUUGAGUCAGCCAUUUCUCCAAUUGGUGUUAGUAAUGGUUUCGUGCCUGCUGAUGUUGGGACUGCCUCUUCAAUUACUUCAGAAGCCAAAAAUCUGGUUAGAAAAUGCCUUUCUGAAAAUCAAGUUUGGGAAGCAAAAGGACUUUCAAUAAAUAAAAGUAGUGUGGGUGCUGAAACUGUGGAACCUGGUUUCCAGCAGCCACAUCAUUUUUUAGUGGAUUCUGGUAAAGAUCAUGAAGGAAAAAAAGGCUUAAAGAGGAGCUUUAAAUUAGUUGACUCUAGUCCUUGUGAGGAGAUUAUCCAGAACAAAAAAAACAGUUCAGAGUAUAGAAGAAGCUAUACCAUCGAUUUUUAUUCAAAUCAAGAUACAGAUCUGACAUCUGACGAUCACUGCCUUAUGCUGUCUGUAGACAGAGGCCAUCAAGUAGACUAUGAUAACAAGGAGAAUAUUGUUACCAGUUCAGUAUAUGAACAACAGACACCAGAAAGCUCAGUUAAUGAAAUGAUAGAGAAAAAUCUUAUGUGUGAACUAGAUGAAGACUGUGAAAAAAAUAGUAAGAGAGAUUCUUUGAGUUGUAGUUUUCUAUAUUCUGAUGAUGAUAGAGCUCAGAAAAGUAUAUGUAUGGAAUCUGAUACAUCUUUCCCUGGGAUGUCUAUUGUCGAAAGCCCUCUAGCAAACAAUUCCUUGGAUCAAGAUAAAAGUAUUAAAGAAUUUUCUUUUGAAGAAUCAAAAAUUGAAGACCUACUGGCCAUAUCACCAGGCUGUCAGGAAAAUAACUUGCCUAGAGAGGACAUCCAGGAUGCUAAACUUAAUGACAUGCUAGCCCCUUCCUCAUCAGAGGUGGUAAAAGCAUUAAACCUAUUUAAGAAAAAUGCUGUCGCUUUUCGAAGUUACAACAGUCAAAUAAAUACAUCCAAUGCAUCUGAACCGUCAAAAAUGAGUAUUGCUUCUUUGGAAAGAAUGGACAUCUCCUAUGCUUAUACUGGUUCUUAUCCCAUGUCUUGUACCCCUGCUCAAAAAGAUAAGGCAUCUUUGGCAUAUCAGCAGACUCCACUUCAAACGAAGUCAGGGACUCCAUACCGAACCCCAAAGAGUGUGAGAAGAGGUGCAGGCCCAGUAGAUGGUGGACGAAUUCUUGGAACCCCUGAUUACUUGGCACCUGAGUUGUUGUUGAGCAGUUCUCAUGGAUUUUUGACUUCUGGUCCUGCAGUAGACUGGUGGGCGCUUGGAGUUUGCUUAUUUGAGUUUCUAACAGGAAUUCCCCCCUUCAAUGAUGAAACGCCACAGCAUGUAUUCCAGAAUAUUUUGAAAAGGGAUAUUCCUUGGCCUGGAGAUGAAGAAAAAUUGUCUGAUAAUUGCCAGAGUGCAAUAGAAGUCCUUUUAACAAUAGAUAGUACAAAAAGAGCUGGAUUAAAAGAGUUGAAACAGCAUCCUCUCUUCAGGGAUGUGGACUGGGAGAAUCUACCGAAUCAAAGGAUGCCUUUCAUACCUCAACCAGAUGAUGAAACAGACACUUCCUAUUUUGAAGCUAGAAAUAAUGCUCAGCAUUUGACUGUUUCAGGAUUUAGUUUAUAG